CGGGCGCCGGCCCCACCCCCUCUCACUCGCGCGUUAGGAGGCUCGGGUCGUUGUGCUUCGCUGUCCACCCGCCUGCGUCAGGGACCUGCCCGACUCAGUGGCUGCCAUGGCAUCGGACGAAGGCAAGCUUUUCGUCGGGGGGCUGAGCUUUGACACCAACGAGCAGUCCCUCGAGCAGGUCUUCUCCAAGUACGGACAGAUCUCGGAAGUGGUGGUCGUGAAGGACCGGGAGACCCAGCGAUCGCGGGGCUUUGGGUUUGUCACCUUUGAGAACAUCGAUGACGCCAAGGAUGCCAUGAUGGCCAUGAACGGGAAGUCUGUGGACGGCCGGCAGAUCCGAGUGGACCAGGCUGGCAAAUCCUCCGACAACCGAUCCCGGGGCUACCGCGGCGGCUCUGCUGGGGGUCGGGGCUUCUUCCGUGGGGGUCGGGCCCGCGGCCGCGGCUUCACUAGAGGAGGAGGGGACAGAGGCUACGGAGGCAGCCGGUUCGAGUCCCGGAGCGGAGGCUACGGAGGCUCCAGAGACUAUUACAGCAGCCGGAGUCAGGGUGGCGGCUACGGGGACCGGAGCUCGGGCGGCUCGUACAGGGACAGCUACGACAGUUACGCUACACACAACGAGUAAAAAUCCUUCCUGCUCAAGAUCGUCCUUCCAAUGGCUGUGUGUUUACAGAGUGUGGGAGCUCCGCUGAAUCGUUACUGUGUAGUGAACACACCUCCUUGUACCCCCCUUUUGUAGUCGCCUCAGUUCCGAUCUUGUCCAACACAGCCUGACUGCUUCUGACCCCCCCUCCCGGGGGGGCUGCUAGGCCAGACCUUCCCCGUUGCCAGAAGUGCCGUCUGUUUUAGGGCUUGGAAACAAAAAUGGCUCGGGGAGCACUUCUGGCUUUUCUGUUUUGGCCGUGAGCCUUUGGGUUUUUUGGGUUUUUUUUUUGGUUUGUUUUUUGUUUUGUUUUGAUUUUUUUUUUUCUUCUGUGAACCAUCACUGGGGGUUGUUGGGGGUUUAGUUUCUGGUUUGGGUUGUGUUGCUUGUUUUUUGUUUUUGAGGGGGUGGCCCGUAAAGCCAGGGGCCCGCCCCACUCAUGAAAGGAGCAGGACUUUGGGGCCGCUGUGUCGCAGCCAGCCCGCUCGCUGUGCUUUGGCCCGCCGGCCUGAGGGCCGUGUGAGUGGCGUGUGGUAGGGCCGCGGGGGCUGCCUGGGGCCCACUGCACCCAUGCAGGCAUCCCCGCGAAGUUCCGGAACAUGUUUAUUUAUAUCGUUCUUUUUUACUGGAAGACAUCCGCCGUCCCAUUGAUGUUGUAUUUGAAGUGGUUAAGGAAUUCUUGUACGCAUUUUUCUUUGGCUUCACGAAGCCGAUUAAAAGACCGUCUUGAAAUGAA